UUUUAUAGGGACAUUCACUUUGGAAUUUGACAAUAGUUGAUCAAUAUAUAUCAAUAUAGCUGUAUGAGAUUACUCAAACGCGCUUGAUACAAUCGCGCUCGGCAGAGUCCUAUGGCUGAAGACGAUUUGAACCAUCCCUAUGAAUCAAGAAAAGAAGUUGAUAGUCUUCAGAUAGAAGAUAAGAAAUUGAAACCACGAUUCGAAUGUCCAAUAUGUCUGUCGUGGUUACAAGAUCCAGUUUUGACUUCAUGUGGCCACAAAUUCUGCUAUAAUUGUAUUCAUAACUGGUUGAAGAGGGAAGAAACUCGUUGUCCUAUUGAUAGUCAACAUUUAGAGGAGGGAAAAGAUAUUUUUAGAGAUCGUUAUACAAGCAGAGAAAUAUCUCAAGAACGAAUACAUUGCCCUCACAAAAAUCGGGGUUGCUCUGUGCUCUUAUCUCCAUUAAAAUUACAAUCACAUACAAUGGAAUGUGUUUUCAAAGAUGGUGUGCAAGAAAAUCAUGCUUAUCAUAAUAAUAUUGAUGGUCAUGUAGAUAAUACCGCUGAUGGAAAAUAUAAUUGUAGUACAUUUACUGAUAGUGAUAUCAAUAAUUGCUCAUUAUUGACAUCCGGUCCUUGACGAGACUCGAACCCG